AUGUUUUUCCGACAGAAAGAACUGAACAGCCAGGCCCUGGGGCGAAUCUUGCGCCACACGGCGCAAAGCUUGGGACUUCAGAUCCGGGGUGAUGGCUUCUGCCAGCUGCAGGACAUUUUGGCGCUGGAUGAAUUCACCACCAUGGCUGCGACAGUGGAAGACGUCCAGGUGGCGGUGCAAUGCGACAGUAAGAAACGCCUUGAGAUGAAGAUAGAAGCCGACAAGGUAUUGAUCCGAGCGGUCAACGGACACUCCAUGAAGGCCGUGGAUGACGACAGCCUUUUGAAGCGCUUGAAUGCCGAGGACCCCAAUCUUCCCAAGGUCUGUGUGCAUGGCACUUACAAGCGCCACGUGGCUUCGAUUCAGAGGCCGGGACGACAGAAUGGUCUUCGGGUGGGUGGGCGCAACCACGUGCACUUCGCGCCCUACGAGCCGCACGAUGGGCGCGUGCUCUCCGGGAUGCGCUUCUCGGUGGCGAUCUACAUCGAUUUACCUACGGCCAUUCGGGAGGGCGUGCCCUUCUUCCAGAGUGGCAACGAGGUGAUCCUAUCGCCCGGGAUCAAUGGAACGGUCCCCGCGAAGUACAUCUCGAAGGUUGGACGUUUCAGCACCAGUCUCCUUCGGACAUAA